GCUGCGAAGAAAAUUUAUAAGUUACAUCACGCGUGUGUGUUGUCGCGCAGAGCUAAAACAUUUGAGUUUCGAUCCAAAAAGUGUACAUAGGUUGGGGAAAAUUAGUAAUUCGUGACCCCUGCAUAAUUUCCUUCCGGUGGCUUACAGCAAGUGGCGAUGAACUGUUGAGUGGGGCGCCGGAAAUCGUGACAAGCGGAAGGCACACACCACUUGAGCAUGUCCGAGUCGAAGCAGUUGCUUCCUUGAGUUGUCAAAAAAAGAAAAGAAAAAAGUACCGCUAUCGCCACAGAUUCCACGAUUCACCUUAAAAAUCGGGAGUAGAUUGCACAUCACCUGAUUAUUGUGGCCCGAGCUUGCUCUGUAAUUGCUGUUCAGUUCUUUUAUUUAGAAUUGAUUUUCGCAUUUCCACAUCGCUCCAAGUUUUGUGUUUUUAUUUUAUUUUUCGCGAAAGUGUUCUCUGAAUUACCAAUUUCUCUGAAAUGUGCGUGUUAUUGUAGGAAAAACAUUCGAAACAAAGCCGAAACACACAAGCUCCUUUCUAAUCAGCUUAUUUUUGCUAUCAACACCACUACUAUGCCUCUGGCCACCGUCGUCAUCGUGGCCACUCGAACGUAAUCCUCCGCGCGCACUCACACGAACUCACGAAACUAAAACAACAACAACAACAAAUCGCGCAAUUCGAAUCGCGUAAUACAACAAAUAAAUUAUCGACCGCGCGUUUGGUUCCGACGAAAAAAAAAACACUUCUCUCGCCCUUGCUGAAUGGCCGCCUAUCUGAACCGGACCAUCUCGAUGGUGACCGGUGGGGGCGGUGGUGCGACGAACGGAACCGGCUACGACAACACGGCGGCGGCCCUGCUCGAUGCGAAUGCGUCGCCACGCGGACUGCACACGCACGGCGGCGUUGGAACCACCGGCCACAACGACGUGUCGCCGCUGCAGAUCUUCGUGCGCGCCAAGAAGAAGAUCAACGACAUCUUCGGCGAGAUCGAGGACUAUGUGGUCGAGACGACCGGAUUCAUCGAUGCCCUGCCCGCCCAGGUCGAGAUCGUGGACAAGGCCGAGUCGGAGCUGUUCCGCAGCUACGUGCUCAAGGUGGCCGGCAUCCGGGAGGUGCUGGCGCGGGACCACAUGAAGGUCGCGUUCUUCGGGCGCACCUCCAACGGCAAGAGUUCCGUCAUCAACGCCAUGCUGCGGGACAAGAUUCUGCCGAGCGGAAUCGGCCACACCACCAACUGCUUCUGCCAGGUCGAGGGCGUCGACGGCGACGAAGCGUACCUGGUCAAGGAGGGCUCCGACGAGAAGUUGAACGUAACGUCGAUCAAGCAGCUGGCGAACGCGCUGUGCCAGGAGAAGCUGUGCGAAAGCUCAAAGGUGCGAAUAUUCUGGCCACGCAAGCGGUGCAGCCUGCUGCGGGACGACGUGGUGUUUGUGGACUCGCCCGGCGUGGACGUUUCGCCGAACCUGGACGACUGGAUCGACAACCACUGCCUGAACGCGGACGUGUUUGUGCUGGUGCUGAACGCCGAGUCCACGAUGACGCUGGCGGAAAAGUCCUUCUUUCACGAAGUGUCGACCCGGCUGUCCAAGCCCAACAUCUUUGUGCUGAACAAUCGCUGGGAUGCGUCCGCGUCGGAGCCAGAAUUUCAAGAAUCGAUGGACCUGGAUAAGGUCAAAGCCCAGCACCAGGAGCGCUGCAUCGACUUUCUCGUCAAAGAGCUGAAGGUGGCCACCCUGAAAGAAGCCGAGGAGCGAGUAUUUUUCGUGUCGGCCCGUGAAACGCUCCAGGCUCGGCUGAAGGAGGCCGAGGGACUGCCGGCGAUUGCCGGUGCGCUGGCGGACGGUUUCCAAAAUCGCUACUUUGAUUUCCAGGACUUUGAGCGCAAGUUUGAGGAGUGCAUCUCGAAGAGUGCCGUCCGGACCAAGUUCGAGCAGCACAGCUCGCGCGGCAAGGGCAUUUCCAGCGAGAUGCGCAUGAUGCUGGACAACAUCUACGACCGGGCGAACCAGCUGCGCAACCAGAAGCUGGAGCAGAAGAAGAAGCUCACCGACCGGAUCGCCAGCACCGAGACGCAGCUGAUGCAGGUGACGCGCGAGAUGAAGAUGAAGAUCCACAACAUGGUCGAGGAGGUCGAGCAGAAGGUGGCGAAGGCGUUGAACGAGGAAAUCUGGCGGCUCAACGUGCUGGUCGACGAGUUCAAUCUGCCCUUCCACAGCGACCCGCUGGUGCUGAACGUGUACAAGAAGGAGAUCAACGGCCACGUCGAGAGCGGGCUCGGCUCGAAUCUGCGGGCGCGCCUCAGCACGGCACUGGCCAUGAACGUCGAAACGGCCCAGCGAGAGAUGACCGACCGCAUGACCGCGCUGAUCCCGUCGGAAAAGAUUGUAUUUGCCACGCACCAGGUCGUCGCCCGGACCCAGCCGUUCGAGAUGCUGUACACGCUCAACUGUCAAAAUCUGUGCGCCGAUUUCCAGGAAAGCUUGGACUUCCGCUUCUCGUGGGGCAUCACGGCGUUUAUCGCGCGAUUCAACGGCAAGAUGCGGGCCGGCACCAAGAAAGCUAUCACACACAACCGGCAGAACAGCAACAUGAACGUCUCGCAGAUCAUGUCACCAACCUCACCAAUGUGUCUUAUGCCGGAGAACGAACUCAUCACGCAGGAGCAGCUGUCGGUGAUAUCGAAGGUGGCGGUCGCCUCGAUCGGAUCGCAGGGAACGUUGGGCUUGCUGGUUGGUGGAGUGCUCCUCAAAACCAUCGGCUGGCGGGUGAUUGUGGGUGCGGGCAUCCUGUACGGCAGCGUGUACCUCUACGAGCGCCUGUCCUGGACCAACGCGGCCAAGGAGAAGACCUUCAAGAACCAGUACGUGCAGCACGCGACCCGCAAGCUGAAGCUGAUUGUGGACCUCACCUCGGCCAACUGCAGCCACCAGGUUCAACAGGAACUCUCGAGCACGUUUGCCCGGCUGUGCCGCGUCGUCGACACCGCCACCACCGACAUGAACAGCGAGCUCAAGGAGAUUGAAACGUCGCUCGCGGUGAUCGAGGCCAACCAGAAGCAGAUCAAGGUGCUCAGCAAUAAGGCCAACUUUAUCCAGCGCGAGCUGGACAUCUUCGAGAGCAACUACAUUAAGGAGAACUAAGAUGUUGACGACUAACAAACCCCUCCUAAUAUAUUGUAUUAGAGAGAAAAAAAAAAACAGCAAAGAAGAAACAGUGCGGCAGAGCGCUAAGAUGUCAAGGUUGUUUGUUAUCAAUGAUCAAAUUUGUUCUCUUUUUAUAAAUUCUGAUUUAUCAACCAGUUUUUAACACACCACACACACUAUGAGAAUAUAUAUUUUGGUUUUUCCGCUAGUAGCAGUCGAAAAAAAUUUAUUAAGUAAAGCCGUGUUUCGACAAACGAUCUGCUGCUGCGCACCGACGACGAAAUUCGAAUGAAGAAAAAAAAGAUCGCUGCUGGCUGAGAGAGCAGCGAGUAAAAAUAGUAAAAUAAACAUAUUUCAAUGUAACUGUGUAUAAUACUUUGUAAGAAAUUUAGUGGUAAUCGUUUGGAGUGGCAGCGGGAGAACAAAAAGAAAACAUACUAACGUUUUUUGUAGAUAAUAGUAGUUAUACUCGAGUUGUAAAAUAAAUACACUUCAGAAAUCUUUCAGUACCUAUCGAUUAA